AUGUUCGGUGUCUUCAUCCCUUCGCGGCCUGUAAUCACAGAGAUGGCCAAUGUCUCGCCCAACCAAUUCGCAGUAUCGUUCCCGGCCUCACCGCCAUUCCACAACGUCGGCGUCUUCAUGCAUCCGAACAAUUUGCUCCCUCCGGACACCGCGGCCGGAGUGUACAUGCAAUUGCCCGGGGAGCAAGGAUUCAAGUUUCUUGGGGCAAUUGGCAAUGAGAAGCCAUCGGCUCUCUUCAGAGUGAACAUUCCCGAGGCAAUGACCGGCGGGGAGAUCAACCUAGGAAUCUCGGUCGAGCCGGCCCAGAACAUCCAGGCGCAAAUGGCCCAGCUUCAGCAAACACAGCAGACACCCUCGGAAUCCAAUGCCGUCGCCAAACGGCCGCCGGACACAAGAGUCCUUGCGCAACGGAUCAUCAAGAACGCCUUCAAUUUCCUGUCCAGCUUCGCAGGCAACACGGCCAACGGCAUCGAGGUCGUGCCUCUGAAAAGUUUCCAGGAUUGGUGGACAAAGUUUGAACACAAGGUUCAGAAUGACCCGGGGUUCCUGGAGCGUGACCAGGACUAA